CUGGCCACAUUGCUUUUGAUAACAUUGUUCGGCGUAUUGUUUGGAUUAGUUUCGUAUUAGUUUAUAUAGAGCCCGACCGAGCAUGCAAUGUGGCGAUUUCAGUCGCUGAUAAGCACUGGGACCCCGCAUCACUCAACCUCCGACUCCCACACCCAACGUCCGCGAUGACUGCCACCAAGAAGCGCCUGAAGAUCGUGGCCGCCGCUAUUCUGACUCUGCUCCUCCUGGUCUAUCUGUACAAGGCGGUCAGAGUGUCGGCUGGUGGGAUGCCCUCCUUUUCGGCCGGCGAGGAAGUGCAGGCCCGCUGGCCCCCCACGGAGAGUUCGCUGCAGCGAAGCCUGCAGAUGGCCUACGAGGAGCAAAGCUCCAUGAUCCGUGAGCAAAAGGAGGAGCUGCAGCGCACCCGGGAACACUUGGCCCAGUUGGAGGAGCAGAUCCGUAGUCUGCAGACCAGCACGCCGCGCAAAUACCAGAAGGUCAAGUACCUCAACUACAAGAACAGGAAGCGAAUUCUCAUUACUGGCGGAGCUGGCUUCGUGGGCUCUCACCUAGUCGAUGAUCUGAUGGUUCAGGGUCACGAGGUCAUUGUGGUGGAUAACUUUUUUACGGGACGCAAGCGGAAUGUAGAGCAUUGGCUGGGGCACGAGAACUUCGAGCUGAUCCACCACGACAUUGUGAAUCCACUGUUCAUCGAGAUCGAUGAGAUAUACCAUUUGGCAUCGCCAGCCUCACCGCCCCACUAUAUGUACAAUCCAGUUAAGACCAUCAAGACCAACACCAUGGGCACCAUUAAUGUGCUGGGCCUUGCUAAGCGCGUAAUGGCCAAGGUGCUGAUUGCCAGCACUUCGGAGGUCUAUGGAGAUCCCACAGUGCAUCCGCAGCCGGAGACCUAUUGGGGCCACGUGAAUCCCAUCGGUCCGAGGGCCUGCUAUGACGAGGGCAAGCGCGUCUCCGAAACUCUGAGCUAUGCAUAUGCCAAGCAGGAAAAGGUUCAAGUGCGCGUGGCGCGCAUCUUCAAUACGUAUGGACCCAGGAUGCAUAUGAACGAUGGCCGUGUGGUGUCCAACUUUAUACUCCAGGCACUGAGAAACGAGACCAUCACCGUGUACGGAAAUGGCAAGCAAACCCGCUCCUUUCAGUACGUCUCUGACUUGGUUGACGGACUCAUAGCUUUGAUGAGCUCCAAUUAUACACAGCCGGUAAAUUUGGGUAAUCCCGUGGAGCAGACCAUUGGCGAGUUUGCGCAGAUAAUCAAAAAACAGGUCGGCGGACCAAGUGUGAUAAGACAAACGAAGGCCAUGGAGGAUGAUCCGCAGCGUAGGAAGCCGGAUAUAACGCGUGCCCGCCACUAUCUUCAAUGGGAACCAAAGGUACCGCUGGAGACGGGCCUACAGAGGACCAUCGCCUACUUCCGCAACGAGCUGGCACGCAGCGAUCGCUUCCAGGAGAGCUCCAACAAGUACUUUGAUACGCCUUAAGUCGGUUUUAGCUUUGAUGCAACGUCUCUAGUCUGCAAAAUGUAAAUAUGACCAUCGAUAGCACUAAUUGUAAGCCUGUUUAAGACCACGUGAAAUCUUCAAAAGCAUAGUUCAUCUUUUUGUAUAGUUAAGUUUAGGGAGUUCGGCAGCAGCCGCGUUCAAAGUUAUAGCACUGAAAUCUGUAUACAAGAGGCCUUAGUUGUUUUAAAUUGUAAUUUAAAAAAUAGUCACAAAUCACUUUAUACUACAUUUAUUUCACACACAAAAUACCACAAAUUAUUAAAUACUUCCACACAAAACUUUGGUAAGAAACACAAAACAAAUAAUUAGUACAGAAUUAUAUUUUUGUAUACAGAUCAAAAUCAUUUCUUUAGUUAAAUUUAUUCAUUUGUAAGAUUAUACAUGACUGCAGUGCUAUUUCUUUGACCGCGCUUGUACCAAGAGGUAAAUAACACUGGGAGAGGGACUGGAAGUGGGAUAAAAUGUAACUAACAAUCCUUCCUAUAUACAUAGAAGAUACUACUACUAAAAACUUAGUGUAUGGUUCGAGCCAAUGAGUUGAAUUGAACAAAUGCGACACACCUGUCCACACACAUUUAUCCAGUGCAAACCGACACACGCUCGCCCCCGAUUCUAGGUGUAAGUAGGGUUUGGUUUUUCAGUUUUUGUGUAGUUUGUAGACCCAUUAAAAAUCCAGAGGUUCUUCUCUGCAAACUAAUAUUAAA